AUGAAGCGGCAAAACGUCCGCACACUAUCCCUUGUGGUCUGCACAUUUACAUAUUUGUUGAUCGGUGCCGCAGUUUUCGAUGCUUUGGAGUCCGAAACGGAGAGUAAGCGAUGGGAAGUACUGUCUGACAUGAGAAACGGUUUAAUACGUAGAUAUAACAUAACACCUGAAGACUACCAUAUGAUAGAGAUAGUUAUCAUUGAGAACAAGCCACACAAAGCUGGACCUCAGUGGAAGUUUGCCGGAGCCUUUUACUUUGCUACUGUAGUAUUGGCUAUGAUCGGUUACGGGCACUCUACACCUGUCACUUAUGGAGGAAAAGCAUUUUGUAUGGCUUAUGCAAUGGUUGGUAUUCCCUUAGGCCUGGUAAUGUUCCAGAGUAUUGGUGAGCGUCUGAAUAAGUUCGCGUCGGUAGUGAUACGUCGAGCCAAGUGCUACCUUCGGUGUAAUACUACAGAAGCAACUGAAAUGAAUCUCAUGUUUGCUACUGGGAUGCUCUCGUCCAUAAUUAUAACUACAGGUGCUGCUGUGUUUUCGCGCUACGAAGGCUGGAGCUACUUUGAUAGUUUCUAUUACUGUUUCGUUACACUAACUACUAUCGGAUUCGGUGAUUAUGUCGCCUUGCAGAACGAUCAAGCCCUGACCAGCAAGCCUGGGUAUGUGGCUCUGAGCUUAGUGUUCAUUCUGUUCGGACUAGCCGUGGUUGCUGCUAGCAUCAAUUUAUUAGUUCUACGAUUCAUGACUAUGCAAGCUGAAGACGCAGCCCGCGAUGAAGAAGAUAAAGAUGGGUCCAGAACUCUCCUGCCUAUAGAUGAACAUCCUAUAAUGGGCAGACAGAGAUCUCACGACGAUCAAGCAUCGGUAUGUUCAUGUAACUGUCUGGGUAACAAGCAGUGUGAAAGCGGUGCCCUACUGGAGGCCCCGCAGCGCCCGCAUCGCCUCCACCGCCGCGUGUCACUCGCGCUCACACCAGAACUCAUUGAGAGGGCUUCCGUCUAA